AAAUAAGACAAAAAUAUUGCGAAAUUUUUGUUUAUUUCAACAGUUUACGGUUAUAAAAGCAUUGGUAAGUUUCGCAAUGUUAUAGAUAGUUGUGACUUCUACAAACAUAUUGUGUCUGAGAAGUACGUAUCCAUUUGGAUCAUGAUGAAAUUUAGACUUGCUUGUUCAAGGCCCGCGGGCUGUAUGGGUUCCCGUGGUAGUCGAGAGUCACCUGAUAAACAUUCCAGAGAUAGUUUUCCGUCGACCAGUCAGGAGAUUUCAUCGGACGAUGAAACAGACGGCGAUUUAAGUUUGUCUACAAAACCCAAACGGGGCUCUAAAAAGGGUUCCAAGAAGAAUAAAAAGAAAAUGCCGCUUUUUCGAUCGAGGUCGGAAAAGGCAAAGAAAAGACAGCAUCAUCAACAGUACCUGGCGCAGGAAAACCCAGAGCCAGUUUUUGACCUGUCACACUGUGAACUGGAGGAGAUUCCCUCCGGAGUGUUUGCUGUAUGCAAAGUGCUGCAUAAAGAAGUAUUGCUACUGAAUGAUAAUUGGCUGACAGAUGUCCAUGGGGGCGGAGAGAUUAGCAGCCUGCUGUCAAUCAGGGUGUUGGACCUCCACAACAAUGAGAUCAGAUCUGUGCCUAAAGAGAUUGCUGAACUACAGAGCCUUCAGGUCUUGAAUCUUGAAAACAACAAACUGAAGAGGAUACCUUCUACCAUUGGCCAACUGAAAUGUUUGCAAACACUCAAUGUGAAAGGCAACCACUUAAAAGAAUUGCCAGACAGCGUUUGCGAGCUGAAAUCUUUACGGAAUUUGGAUAUCCGGGAAAACCUUGUAACUGCCUUACCGAAACAUUUGUGUCGAGUCCGGACACUAGAGACUCUCUCAUUGGACGACUUUGCAAUGAAGUAUCCGCCACAGGAUAUCUGCACCUCAGGAACGGAAGAUGUAAUGAAAUAUCUCUGCUCAGAGUGUGGUAUGGAAUAUCUACCACCCUCCAACUUUCUACUCGAUGUCCUGGAUCCUCCGAAAAUCCCACUGACCAGUCCAGCUACGGAGAAGGCAUUAAAGGAAGAGGAAAAUAUGAUGAGAAGUUUAGCUGGAUACAGUGAUAUGGUUGAAAAGCGUCGUGAGGCGUUGAUCGAAGUGGAGCGCAGUUUUGCCGAACAUCAAGAAGCCCAGGCUCAGCUUGCAUUAAUGGCUCAGAUGAACCACGAACAGAUGGUGUCCAUGAUUGCCGAGGAAGAGAACCGCAUGGACCAGGAGCUUGAUAAACUCUCGCGGGAAAAGGAGGACAGUCGGAAACGACUGGUGAAGGAUUUGCAAGCUGUUGAGAAAGGGGCAGAUAAUCUUAUACAGUCGUUACUUGAUAUCAACGCUAAAGCUAAGAAGACAGAGGAACUGCUUGACCAAAUUGAAGAACAAAGGAUUAAGGAUGACAAACUGUUCGAAGUCCGGUGGGAAGAAAUCCAAAAUCUACGCAAGAAAGAUGUUCUGGGCAACAUGCAAAGCCUUCUACAGGAGACUGAGUUUUUCGAGUCUGUGGUACAGAAAUACCUGAGAGAGAAGGAAGAUUUCCUGCAGAAUGCUCUUGAAAACGAUGAAAUGAUGGCAAAUGCUCAGAUAGCCAGCGUCCUCGAUCACAAUGACAAACAACUCUCCCUGCUCAUUUCCGACCUAGCUAAACAGGAGGAGUUGCAGCGCGAGGCAUUUGAGGCCCUACAGCUCCAGAAGGACGUGAAACACCAGCGCAUACGGAACCAGAUUGCAUUGAUUCAGGACGAGCUUGCCAGCCUCACUGUUGUUGAAAUCGAGAAGCGAGACCACAGGAUGGAACAGGAAAUGAAUCGCUUGGCAGAGAAGCGUAUAAUGCUUAUUGAGCUGCUCUCACAGUUAAUGGAAGAACAAGACAAUCGGCAGAUUGAACUCAGGAAAAGGCUGGAUGAAAUGGAGCAACAAAGGGAAGAUGGUCAGGCAGACUACUGGCUGGUACAGUUUCAGAGGCUUAUGGACCAGAAGCCUCAAUCACUCAUUGAUAGGGAGCAGAACCUUGAGAUUAGUGUUGUGAAGAUCUUGAACAAGGCCCACGCCGAGGACUUCAUCCGGAUAUUUGCACGGCAUCGUAUCACCAUAGAAACCAUGCUUACACUGUCAGACGAGGAUCUUAAACUGAUGGGAAUACACGAGCUGGGGGUAAGAAGAGAAAUCCUGAGGAAUAUUGAAGAGUACAGGGACACCAAGUUAUCUUUGAAGGUCAAGUCAGUGGAGUCUGGAGACUUCAGUGUUCCAAGGCCGACGGCACCUCCCCUAGAAGCUCAAGCAUCCAGACAGAUGUCCGUCGUGGCCAGGGGACUUAACUCAGAGUGUUCCAUUUGCAUGGACAGUGCUUCUGACGUGAUCUUCAUGAACUGCGGACAUGUGUGCACGUGCAGCAAGUGCUGUGAGAAAGUGCAGGAAUGUCCAUUGUGUCGUGCGCCGAUUGUUCGCAGGGUCAAGGUCCUGGCUGCUCAAGUGUGAUAUGACGUCAAAAAAAUUGAAAUCUGAUUUAACGAGGGGUGACUGCAAAACUGGGGCACCUCUAUGUUCCCCACAAGUGCACUACUUCAAAUUAUUGAUCCGACCCAAGUUAUUGAAUAAAAUUUUUGCUGGAAAUCAUCCCUAAUAUUAAGAUGCAUUUAGUGUUAUGUUCAAUGUUUUUUGUUCAAAAUGAUGUCCAUAUGACACUAGCAUUUAUUAAUAUGAUAUUUUUAAAUAUAAGAAAAGCUUACAACAGUUUUAGGCUGAUAUGUGAAUUUUGCUUAUUUUUUUUGCACAAAAAACAUUCCGAUACCUAACUAGAUAAAAAAAGUACAACAUAUCUUAAAGUCUUAAUGUGAUAUUUUUUAACACAACCUGAGUUGUUAAACUGAUGAUGUGAAAUGACUUUGAAUUGUGGGUAACUUUUGUAUUGGAUUUAAUAACGGUUAUUUCACCUUUAUGAAAUAUUCCUCUGCAUGUUUAUUCAGAAUCAUAACAUGGUACAUACAAUGGUCGAAAAUAAACCAGCAUAAAUAAUGUUGUGGAUCGGGAAACAAGCUGUUCAUCAGCUCAUGUAAAUCCCUUUCCACAAAAAAGUCCUCAAAAUUUUAACAAUACAGUUGUACCUGCUGGCUCAAACUUGCUUGGCUCAUAUUCCUCGUUGACUCAAACUGGAUGUAUGGGACAGAUUUUUUUAUACUGAAGGAAAGCAUUCCUGCUUGGCUCAAUUUUUUUGUGGCUCGGUGGUAUUUUCGCCAGUCCCUGGGAGUUCGAGCGAACGAGGUUUGACUGUAUAAACAUUUCAGCCACAAGCUGUUGUUUGCUUUUCUUUUUCAUAAUUUAUGCUUGAUUUUUUUCAAGCAGCAUAAUGUAAAUAAAUUCACAAUUUACAUAUUGAUGUUAAUUUUUAUACCCAAUGUCAUGAAUGUAUCAUUGUUGUUUAUUAACAAUUAUUGUAGUUAUGUUUGAUGUUCAAAAAGUGAUCAUAAAUCUUCGAUUCUUAUUGUGAUUUAUUUUCUUUUUAAAUUAUUGAUUUUUUUCUUUAAAUUUAUGCUUCAUCAAUGAGAUUUUUGACAAUUUUUUUGUGCACUCCUUGGCCCAUUACAAUAAAAAUUUAAGUCCUAAAAUUAAGUUAUCAGUUACACAUUUUCAUUAUUUUGCUUUAUUUGCAUGAACCCGACAAAUUAAGCCAGUUUUAUCGAUGAAACACAAAAUCGAGAAAAUGAAAUUAAUCUACUAAUGGCCAUUUAAAGUUUUGACGUUCCUACAGAUUUAGGAUUUUUGAAGUUAUGACAACGUCCAUUAAAAAUUGUGGAACUUUGACUUGGUUUAUAAAAAAAUGGUUAAUUCAAUAUUUCUGUUUAUAUGUCCCUUCUUAAAGUUCAAAUAUGUUUAUUGAUUUUUUCAACUGAAAUAUGAUAUUGUUUACUUUGUUAUUUAUUUCACCUUUUUUCAAUAAUAAAUGAUAUUUUUUAAUUAUUAAAUGUGUAUGUAAUUGUCUUUAUUCAGAACUCAAAAUUAUUGCUUUUUCUUAAGAUUGCUGUAUGUGCUGGGCAGAACAAAAUAGCAUAUCUAUAAAUAGAUCCUGGUGUUCUACAUGGCAGAACAAAGAAGCAUAUCUAUAAAUAGAUCCUAGUGUUUUGCAUGGCAGAGCAAACAAGUAUAUCUAUAAAUAGAUCCUGGUGUUAAGAGUUUAAUAAAUUUCGUAUUGAAUGACCACAAAUGUAAUAUUCUAAAUACAUAAUACUUAUUUUGUGAUUUAUAUUGCUAAAUACGCAAGACGUCGCUAUAUAAACUUUUCACUUCACAACAAUAUUUAUUUAAGAUGUCUCACCAAGAGUUAUUGCACUUGUUAUAUCAAAAAUAUAUGAUGACAUAACUUAAAAGCCGGAAAAGUGAUUUAUGAUAUUAUAAAAAAAAUCAUAUAAAUCAUGCCUUAAUGAUUUCAUUAACUUAUAUUUAAAUUUCACAUAAUGUCAUAAAUGCUUAAACACCACAGUAUGUUAAUCUAUGUACUAAUUCUUACCUCAUCUGUUACUGGUAUUUUGCAUUAAAAUAUUGAGAAAUGGUUGUAACCUUGUUGCUUUCGGCAUCAUGGGUCAAAAACUUGGUCAUAACUCAAACACCAUUCAAGAAAUUCAUAUAAAACUUGGUACAUGUGUUGCAAGAGACAAUAAUUAUUCAAUGGACUUGAAUGGAGUUAUACAUUAUGAAUAGACUGGGAACAGAGAAUGAGUUUUUGGGUGCAAGCAAUCGUCAGCAACCAUGGUACUUUAUUCUGUUAUGCUGUAUAAAUACUGGUUGACAAUUGACCAACAAAAAAUCUUGUUUUAAUGAAUAUUCAUGAGGCAGGGGAGACAUCUCAUCUUCCAAUGAAUUCCCAUGUUACAAUUUAAUAUUCUUCAAAUACUCUAUUUUGUCAGAAGCUUCCAUGGCCAAGUGGUCUUGUCUGCUGUCAUAAUUCAUUGUACUGAAAUGGCAGACCUGGUUCAAUUCCGGCUUUUACCAGAAUAUUUUUCUACAGGAAAGCAUCUGAUACCUUAGUGAACCAAUUAAACUGCCUCAUUAAUUAUUCAUGAUUACGAGAUUUUCUUAGCCAAAUCCCCCUUGGUACACAAAGAAGCAUGGUAUAUUAGUGUAUCGGGGGUAUUCGUCGAUGUGUGCAAGCAUGUUGUUUAUUUAUUAUCCAUGAAUAAUUUCUGCUUAAGUAUUUACUGAAUGUCUUUUAGUUGUGCAAUACAUCCUCCUUUUUCAAAUUUGUUCAGAGUUGUUUUAUGUUUUAAUUAAUUAUUUCAAUGAAAUGACUUUUUUAAAAACUGUUUUUCUUGUUAAAUUUAUUUUAUUAAGAAUAAUCAUUUUGACUUGUAUAUAGAUAUACAUGCCUUGUUUUCAUCUUUUAUACAAAUUUGUACUAUGAUUGUCAGAUGUGUAUUUAAUUGGUAUAAAAUAUAAAGCUGU